AUGGUAAAAACACAUAAUUGUAAAAAAAAACUCACAAGAAAACUUCUUGAAAAUCACAAUCUAGUUAAUCGUAUAAUAGACAGUAAAACUGUGUAUUGUGUCUGUGGUGAUAGGAUUAGAUUAGAUAAAGAGUGGGAUCCUGAUUUGUUAAUACGACAUGCAAAAAAUAAUAGAUGUUUAAAAAAUGAUAAAAUUACUAAUUAUUUGGAACGUGUUGGAAUGUUUUCUGUAUUUGGUGGUUCACGUCCUAUAAAAGAGAUUGCAAAAGAAAUAUUUCCAGAAAGCUUUGAAAAUAAUAAUGAUAACUUUCAUUGGGAUGAUUUUCCUAUUGAAGCUCAAGAAAUUAUAAGGGAGUUUAUAGAUAAAGAAGCAAAAUGGAAAAUUUUUCUUGGUGAAAAGUGUGUCAGGAGUACUUUAUGUAGUAAUAUUUUAGAAAAAACUACCAGAACCAAAAACAGUAAACAUCUUCCAAAAGUUCUGGUUAAAAGUUCACCUUAUUCUAAAUUUAUGACAUCACCAUAUGUUCAAGAACUAUGGAAAAUUAUAAAUAAUGAUGAAGAUGAUGAAAAUUCUUCAAAGUUUUGGCAACGUUUAUCCGAAUUGGGACAAGCUGGUGCUUUCAAAGAUAAAAAAAUUUUUGUUGGCCUUUGUGACAUUUUUAUCCAAAUAUCUGAAAGGGAACAACAAGGCAAAGGGUUUCAAAAUCUUAAAUAUAUGUCAGAAUUUACUGAUUUCCUUGUUGUAUUAGCAAAUACCAGCCCUCAAAUUUAUCGCAUAUUUCAACAAAAUUUAGCAGGUCAAAACAUUCGAAAUAUUCGACUUUUAUGUGCUAAAUCAGAGAUAACUAUUAGUGAUCCUACAAUAUGUUAUGAAAAUAUGUGCAGAUUUCACAAAUUUCUUGAUGCAAUCAAUUAUCAUGGUCCUAUAGCAGCAUCAACAGAUAAUACAAAAUUAACACCUAAGCUUCAUUAUAAUAAAAGAUUAAAUAGCAUUGUUGGUUCUACUAUUUCUUGGAAGGAUACACAAGUUACAACAUAUGAUGAUUUAAAUAAUAUUCUACAAAUGAUACAAAGUACAAGUACACUUGCAAAGAAUGUACGUGCAUACAUUUUACAAGUUCCAAUACCACAAGUUCCACCUUUUGUUUUGGGGAUAUUACCAACAGAUGGCAAAGAAACUUCAGAUACAAUUACAAACAUUCAUUAUAAAGUUUUAGAUUUUGCUAAACAAUUUAAUAUAAAAAUAAUAUCACUUGGUGCAGAUGCAGCAGCACCAGAAUUUGGGUCACACUGUAAUAUUAUGAAUACACCAACAGAACAAAAUUUAACUUUUAUUGAUCAGUAUUAUGGUAUAAAGUUUACAUGCCCAAUAUUUGAUGGAAUUGGUCCUGUUGUAGCAAUUACUGAUCCUAAGCAUGCUAAAAAAAGUGGGCGAAACAGUAUUUUUAGUGGUGCAAGGCUGCUUUCUUUUGGCAAUACUGCUUUUGGUUUUGGUGAUGUGUUAAACUUGGCAAAAAUGAACAAUUCCUCUCUUUUUCUUAGUGAUGUUUUAUGCUGUGACAAACAAGAUGAUUCUGCAGCUUAUAGAUUGUUUUCCUCUUCAUUUUUGGAACAGAUUUCUAUAACUUUAAAUAAUGGUUUGACAAAUAAUAAUUUGGGGUUGUUCAUUUACAUUUAUAUAAUUGGUGAAUUAAUUGAUGCUUUCCUGAAUAGAAGUAUAUCUCAUAUUGAAAGGUGUCACAUGGUAUUUCUUGGCUAUUUUUUUUUAAAAAUAUGGCAUAGUCAUAUUGAAACAAUAGCCAAAGAAUACUCUUCAUUAAUGUCAUUAGAAAAAAAUUAUCUUGCAUCACAAACUUACAAUUUAUUAACUUCAUUAGCAGAAUCAAUGGUGCUUUUAGUCAUUGCUCACAGGGAAUACUAUCCCACUGUGCCAUUUUUGCCUUGGAUGCAUGGCAGUGAAGCCUGUGAGCAUUUCUUUGGAAUGGCUAGGCAGUUAAUGAAAGAUUUCUCAUAUUCAGACCUUAUAUAUCUUGUACCUAAAAUUGGAUGUGUAACUAGAGCAUAUCUUAAUGAUUCUUUGAUAAAUAGCAAAGAGAAGUCAGUCCGAACAGGUUAUGUUUGUGAUUACAUUGAAGGAUCCAUUGAUUUAAAUAGUCAAACAUUAUGUGUUUGGCCAGAUGAUGAUAUGAUCCGAAUUGCAUUAGAUAAUGCACACAAUGAAGCUAUUACCUUAUCAAAAUAUGUUAAUUUAAUAGAAUCAGCAUAUAGUAUUCAACAUUUCAUCAAUGAAUAUACUGAAUAUGAAAUAAUGGCAUUUGAAGUCCAAGAAUCUGAUAACUCAACUUCUCAAAUUAAUUCAUCACUUGAGGAUGUUGUAACUGAUAUGACUAAGAAUUUUUCCUUGAUUGAUGACAUUCCAGAUGAUAACGAAGCUGAUCAUAGGAAUUUAUACAUGGAAAUUAAAUUUUUGCUUAAUUCUGAUGAAAUAUCUGAUUCAAACAGAACUAAGUAUGGUGGAUAUAUACAACAAUCAAUUAUUGAUGAUAGUGGCAUGCUAAUAUUUUCAAAAUUAGUAGAUAGAUGUAAAAAACAUGAGGCAUACACUUCAGCAAAACUUGAUCGAAAGUCUAAUAAAAACAGUACACAAGAUCAAGUAAUUCAUCCCAAUUUUAAAAAUACAAUUAGCAGUGAUGUAGCACAUGCAAAUUCAAAUUGGAGCAAUACUAAUCGACAAUUGAAAACAAGAGAACAACGUUGGCAAACCAAUUCAGCAUCCAAUACUUCAACACCAAUUAAUAUUACAAAUGUUCAAGGGUCUAAAUGGCAAAUUAGAACAAGGUUUGAAAAACUAAAUGCAAACCAAAUACCUCCUCCAUUACCAGGAAUUAGCAUUGCAAACAUCUCUGUUUUGCAUCCAGCUAUCCCUGGAGGUUAUUGUUUUGUUCUAGUUAAUAGCAGAAUUUAUUUGGCAGAAAUCAUCGCAAUGUAUAAAAAAGUUUCAACUUUGCAUUCUUAUGUUGAUUCUCCAGUAGAUAAAAUAGAUACACUUUCCUAUAUUUCAACCAGAAUUUGGCUUCAAUUACAAAAUAAUAUAUUUACUACAUUUACUAAUCAAGAACAUCAAAUUUUUACUCAUUUAACUCCAAAACAGAUUAUUUACUAUGUUGGUCAUGAACGGACAGAUAUUAAUUAUCAAUUAAAUACUCAAUUAAUUACAUUACAUUCAGAAAUUUGGAAUUGGUAUAGAAAAAAUUGUAUAACUGGUAUGUUUAAAGAAGAAGGGUGUGAACAUUUCUUUGGAGUUGCUAGACAAAUAUCUUCUGAUUUUACUUAUGGUGACUUCAUAUAUUUAAUUCCUAAAAUCAGUCAUGUUUUCAAGUCAUAUUACAAUGGAUCUUUAACAGAUUUAGUUAAAGACAAGACAUCUGCAAUGGAUAUUGAACUGCUAAAUGCAUCCAAAACUGCAUAUAAUAAUGCAUUGAAUCUAGCCAAAUUUUUAUAUUUAGUAGUUGAUAAUAAUUUUAUAAAUAUCAAUAGUUUUGAAACUUUUACUGAUAAUGAUAAUGAUGAAAUAUUAUAUGAUUCUAACAAUAGUGAUGUUCAGCAAAAUAUCAACAAUGAUAAUAAUUUUGAUUUAAGUACUGCAGCAGAAUCAGUGAUAAAUUUUCAAAAUUUAGAUAUAAAUAUAAAAGAUGAUACUGAAGAAGAUUUAGUUGAAGCUAAAUUUGAAAUAUCAUAUAUAUUAAAUAAUACUGAAAAACAAAAUAUUAAUUUUGAUAAUAUUGGUAAUAUUCCAUUAGAAAAAGAAGCAGAUUUAUUAAAUCUAAUUAAACUUUUAAUUUCUUAUUUGGCAAAUGAUUCAAUAACCAAUAAUGUGGUACGUCAAGAGAGGUGGAAGGAAAGAAAAAAAAUGGAAAUUCUUAAAUCACAUACUCAAGUUCCUAAUG